AUGGGGUUUAUCACAGGAGCCAAAGCCGCCUAGUAAUGCUCGUUGCAACUGACUGCAUACAAAAACGUCAAACAAGCAACGACGAACAACAACACAACAUCCCUCCAACGUGCCUCUACUGUGGUUUCUGCAAAUGUAUAUAUAUACACACACACACACACAACACAAGCUUUGUUCCAUUGAAAUAGUAGGAUGAUUUAGCUUUCCUUUGCUUUUGCCAGCCUAUCACUUCAAUCUCUCACAACAACCCAUUUCAUUCUGCUAAUGAUCCCAAUAAUUAUAAUUCAUAUACACCAAGACGAAUAGCUUACUGCCAUAACAAGCCCCACCAUCAGCAGCAAACUAGCAAUUCAUGCCUCCAUAACCAAUAACAAACAUGGCUACCACUGCUAGUUUUGUGUUUUCCAAAAAAAGAAUAUAAAUUAGAAGCUAAAAUCCAUAUGAGAUCGUGUUGGUUAGAGAGGGUUUGAGUUUUGAGGAGAGAGAAACAAAUCUGGGUAGUAGCUGCUGUCUCAAUCUUCUCAUCCUUUUCUCUGCUUGGAUUCUGUACAACAGUUACUUGAUGAAACUCUUCUAUGAAGAUGUUACUCCACACCCUCCUCUAUUCCCAUCUGGGUUUUCAGUAUUUCUUUCAGCUUCUUCUCCAAUUCUAUUUCAAUGGCUUCUUCUUGUGUAGUGUUGGGUGACAAUGUCAGUGAUGUUAAUGGUAGCUGCAGCAAUAGUAGUGGCCGUGGAAGUCCAAUGACUAGUGGUUCCAACAACAGCAGUGCCAUUAAUCAGAUAGGAAAGAUGGCUAGGAAAAGAAUGGCGUCGGAGAUUGAAGUGCAGGCCAGUACUACUGUUGGUCAUGAAUAUCACAGGCUUUCUCGCAGGACCAUUAAUGGCGGCUCUUCCUUCUUAGCCUCUAAUGGUAAUAACGGUGACAUGAGCCACAGCCAAAAUCUCAUCCUCAACUACUCCACUAUGUUACCUUCCUCCACAAACAACAACUUUACCACAAUGACGUCACCCGCUUCUGGGUUACUAUCCGCUACAUCAACCUUACCCUGCAUAGAGAGCCCCCUCUCAGUACCCCUGCCGGAGCCUCCUGCCGUGUGCGGAUUCUCUGGCCUCCCUUUGUUUCCACCGGAAAGAAACCGAAACGCCGGGAUUCCCGCCGUUGUCUCGACUGCUGCAACUGCAGUAACAACUAUUGGUUCAAUUUCAAACCCUAAUCCUGCCAUGGAUGACGGCUCGGCGACGGCUUGGAUUGACGGAAUCAUAAAGGAUCUCUUACAUAGCUCCAAUAACGUCUCUAUUCCUCAACUUAUCCAGAACGUGAGGGAGAUUAUCUACCCUUGCAAUCCGAACCUCGCUUCGGUUCUCGAGUUCAGGCUCCGGUCGCUCAUGGAGCCUGCUAUUGGAUAUCAAGAUAGGAGACGGAAGGAAUCGUUACCACUACCUCUGCCGUCACACUACAUUCAACAGCAGCAGCAGCAAGGAGUGCAAGGUCCUAAUCGCUCGCUUGCUCUUAAUCUAGGUUCCGGUGCUUUACCAGAUUCGAUGAAUCAGUACUUGCUAUUGAGCCAAACAAAUCCCCAAAAUCUUCACAACAAUCCUCAGCAAGCUGUACAACCACCGCGGCCGCAUCUACCUCAACCGGUGACGCAACAUCAACAUCAACCGCAACCACAACCGCAACCGCAAGAGCAGGAUAAGUCUUCGUCACCCGAGACCGCGGCGACGACGCCAUCAGAGUCCAUCACCGUAAGAGCAGUAGCAGCAGCGGCGAAGAAGGAGGAGUUACGGCAACAGAAGAGGGACGAAGAAGGAUUGCACCUUCUAACCUUGCUCCUGCAAUGCGCAGAGGCCGUUUCCGCUGAUAAUUUCGAAGAAGCGAACCGGAUGCUUCUAGAAAUCUCCCAAAUGUCAUCGCCGUUCGGCACAUCGGCGCAGAGAGUGGCGGCGUAUUUUUCCGAAGCAAUGUCAUCUCGGCUUGUCAGUUCAUGUUUAGGGAUGUACGGAACGCUUCCAUCCGUCCCUCACAGUCAGAAAAUCGCGUCGGCGUUUCAGGUAUUCAACGGAAUUAGCCCCUUCAUCAAGUUUUCCCAUUUCACUGCUAAUCAAGCGAUCCAAGAAGCGUUUGAAAGAGAAGAUAGAGUGCAUAUCAUAGAUCUCGACAUCAUGCAAGGCCUUCAAUGGCCUGGGCUUUUUCACAUUCUCGCUUCCAGGCCCGGCGGCCCCCCAUUUGUCCGUCUCACUGGGCUCGGAACCUCCGCAGAAGCUCUGGCUGCUACCGGCAAGAGAUUGUCUGCUUUUGCUGAGAAACUUGGGCUUCCGUUCGAGUUCAUUCCGGUUGCCGAUAAAGUCGGAAACGUAGACGUGGAGAGACUCGGCGUUAGCAAGAGAGAGGCUGUAGCGGUACACUGGUUGCAGCAUUCACUUUACGACGUCACUGGUUCUGACGCCAAUACGCUUUGCCUUCUUCAGAGAUUGGCACCAAAGGUAGUAACAGUGGUGGAGCAGGAUCUCAGCCAUGCAGGAUCAUUCUUAGGCAGGUUUGUGGAGGCCAUACAUUAUUACUCGGCGAUGUUCGACUCGCUCGGAGCAAGCUAUGGGGAGGAGAGCGAGGAGAGGCAUGUGGUGGAGCAGCAGCUGCUUUCUAGGGAGAUAAGCAAUGUCUUGGCGGUGGGCGGACCGUCGAGGAGCGGAGAAGUGAAGUUCCACAACUGGAGGGAGAAGCUCCAGCAAUCUGGCUUCAAGGGUCUCUCUCUUGCUGGGAAUGCAGCUACUCAGGCCACACUUCUCCUUGGCAUGUUCCCUUCAGAUGGUUACACUUUGGUGGAGGACAAUGGCACCCUCAAGCUUGGUUGGAGAGACCUUUGCUUGAUUACUGCUUCGGCAUGGAGACCCUUCAAUACUUUUACUCCUACCCAUCAUCAUCGUUUUGCUGCUUAAAGCCUCUAUAUAUUGUAUGUGCUAUAAUGUUUCUCUUUUUACACAAGGUGUUCUUCUUGUAUGGUUGGAGACAGUUUGGGUCUA